AUUUCACACAUAGAGUAACUUAUCUCACAAGCUUUCUUUCGUCAAGCUCCUUUGGUAAUUUAUUUUGUGGUGUCGAUUGUCUAAACUAGGGGUACUGUUAGUAACAGUUUAAUUGUGUAAACCACUUUUUAUUAGCAAAAUGUCAUCUCAUCUCAGCACUAAGGACAGAUUGCUCUCUUUGAUCGAUGAUAUUGAAUUAAUCGCAAAGGAAAUUAUUGAAGUAUCGAUAGCACCUAAAUCACAGAAACUGUCGGCCGCCGAUCAUGCACAGUUAACAGACUUACUUCUAGCCAAAGACGUUGAACUCAAAAAGACGUUGGAUUUAGCUGAUGAACAAGCUAAAAUUCAGCAGAAGAUGAAUGAGCUCAAGGCUGAAGUAGAUAACAAGGAUCAAGAUAUUUACCACUUACAAAGACAACUUAAAGAUGCAGAGCAGAUCCUAGCUACCUCUUUAUAUCAAGCUCGACAAAAACUUGCAUCUAUAGUCAAGUCUAGAAAACGACCUGUGCCAUCAGAGGAACUGAUCAAGUUUGCUCACAGGAUAAGUGCUUCUAAUGCAGUCAGUGCACCUCUGUCCUGGCAGCCUGGAGACCCGCGCCGGCCGUACCCCACCGACCUUGAGAUGAGGCUGGGAAUGCUCGGUCGCCUCUGUGACCUGCCACUCAAUGGACACACACCAUCAACACUGAAUGAUUUACACCGAAUUACUACAGGAGGAGUUCCAGCGACUGCAAGCAACCAGUUCACGUGGCACCCGUCGGGCGAACUGCACAUGUCCGUGGGCGGCGGGAAUUCCGUGGCCAUCGACGCGCGGGGCAAGGACGCGCCAGCCCAGGAAGAUGUCGAAGUCAUGUCCACGGACUCGAGCUCCAGUUCCAGUAGUGACUCACAAUGAAAACGAGCGCGAUUGUGAACUAAUACAGUAUUAGUCAUGAUUCAAUUUCUUUAUGUAACAAUGGUACAGUUUAAUUAUUCACAUGAGUUGAACGGAUUUGCAGUGUUUGAACGACUGUUACUUAAUACUUUUAUAUUGUUUAGAGAUAUUUACUGUAAUAGUGAUCUUGUUAGUGUAUGAUAUUUUACAUUGUUUAGUUUCUAAAAUUUAGUGCAUUCAAGUGUAUCAAAAUCCCUUUUAAAUAAUUUUUCGUAAAUAUCUCGUAAACGGUGGCCCAUAGCAUAAAAAUUGUCUAGGGCCAAAAUCGUUUAAACAUCUUGCAUACGCUCAGGCGAUAUCAUAAAAGUGAUGACCAAUAGCAUGGCACUUAAAAAUGUGGGUUGAAAAAAAAAGGUUAGGUAAACUUUAUUGCCGUCCAUUGUUUUUGUGACGGCCGGCAUUUGCAUACUAAGAUAAGGAAUCCAAAAUGAAAUCCUAAUUGGUAAUCUUUAUGAGGAGGCGAAGCUUAGCCUAAACAACAAUAACUAAUAAACUGUCCUUAGGUACUACCUACUGUUUGUCUCAUUACCUGUUUUUACCCUUUUCAUUAUUAACAUAAAGAAUCCAAAAUGCAUCCUAAUUGGUUAUCUUUAUGGGGAGGCGAAGCUUAGUCUAAACAACAACAACUAAUAAACUGUCCUUAAUAGGUAGAGAUCUAUGGGAAGUCGGUUAAAUAUCUUUCUACUCAUACGUACAACACUUUUUGAAAGGAGUGCUGAUUUAGGGUUAGGGCGUAUUAUGUCGUACAUGUAUUUUGUUCGGAUUACUUGAGUAGUAGAUUGUUUUACAGGAAACAUGUCUCGAUUAUAUUUUACAAAUAUGCACCUACCUAUUACCUUGUAUAUAUAAAGUGAUGGGAAAGUAAGUAUUCUGUUAUCUAUGAAAUAAGGCCUACAUGAUUCCAAUUGUCUCGUACCGUAAAUGGAACGAAGAAAUUUUUUUUGCAAUCUAAAAAUUAUAUCUUUAUUGCUGCUAUUUCCCUACAUUAUUAAUCCGUAACGCAGAUUUGACAUUACAUGUAUAUGAGUGGAACGCAAGUAGGGCUGCUUGUUCUGAUGAUACAUUUUUUUGUCUUCUUAAAGGGAAUGCGAAUUUGGCUAGUUUUGUUAAAAUGUUGAUGCCAAUUGGCAUUAGUCAAUAAUUAUGCCUAAGAAUUUUAUAUGGUUUACAAUUUCUAAAUCACAACCCUUGUAAGUUAUUUUUGGUUGGAUUUUUUUGCCCUGUGGUGCGUAGAACUCCAUUAGUUUAGUUUCUAGUAGAUUGACUUGAAGAUUAUUGGUUUCCAUCCAAAUAUUAAUAUCAUGAAACACAUUAUUGAUUUCAGCCUCAUAAUCUUCAGUCUCAUCACUGCGAAUAAUUAUCGAGCAAUCAUCCGCAAACAGCAAUAUCUUAUGUUUAGUUAUAA